ACAGAUUAUGGAACUAAGCUUUUUCAUAUGGAUGCAUCGCAAAAUAUAAGGACGACUUGACUACACGCUGGCAUGUAGCCAAGGUAGUUUGCAUACAUCUGAGAAAAAGCAAUAAAAGUAUCCAGACGAGGUGGCCCUCUCCUCAGCACAUUCAGAAACUAUGGCUUCAUCCUACAAUCUCACCACAGAGCAAGGGCUUAUCGACUAUCUUGCAGCCACUCGACGGGAAAACCCCCGAGUUGAGCUGCUUUCAGGCGGCACAGCAAACUACGUAUACCGCUCGACACGAGAAGACGGCUCUACAAGCAUCUUCAAGCAUGCAGCACCCUAUCUCCACAGCAACAGCAACUUCGCCUUCGAUCCCACGCGCAUGGACUACGAAGCCAACAUCCUCGCUAUGCUGUCCUCUGAGAACAGAACCCUGCUCGUCAACCCCCCAAACACAACUGUCCAUGCAGCCAGGCUCCUGAGCUACGACAAAGCGAGAAAACUACUUGAGAUCGAAGACGGCGGAAGCCGUAACCUCAAAGAAGCUUACACGGAUUCCGCACUCGACAUACCGCAUAUUGGCCAGGAACUAGCAGCAUGGCUUGCAGCACUGCACACUUCUUCCACGGCCGUUUCUCUCGCGCUACCAGAUGAAGACAAGAACACUGAAAACAGCAAAAGCAAAAACAAUCACAUCGCAGUCAACAUAUACCGCUACUCGUACAAUGGACUCCACACAGCGCUCGAAAAGUUUAGCUACGCCCCCGACCUCGCACAUGCCAUGAACGCGGAAUUCGGCAGUCUCCUCGCCACUGACAACGAAUGCGUGUGUCACGGCGACUUUUGGCCCGGCAACGUGCUCGUGCAUACUCACGACAACACAGCAAACAACGCUAUGCAGCUCACGAUUGCAGAUUGGGAAAUGGUGCGCCGCGGCACGAGUGCAACCGACGUGGGCCAGUUUGCAGCUGAAGCGUUUCUGCUCGACCGCUUCCGAGGCGGUAGGGGUUUGCGAGUGGCGUUUCUGCGUGCCUAUGUUGCGGCGAGGGGAGGUUCUGAGGUGCUGGGCAAGACGUGGCUUCGUAGGAUGCUGGUGCAUUGCGCAGUGCAUGUUGCGUUUUGGCCUGUGGGCGUGCAGUGGUGUGAUGACGAGGGGACGAAGAGACUUGUGGAUAUUGGGGUGCAGGCUUUGGAGAGCAUACGGAAGGAUGACUGGGAGCGGGCGCUUGAGUCGCCUUUGCUGGGGGGUGUGAAGGAGGUUUUUUUGCCUAUUCUGGAUCGGCCAUGAGUAGUAUUUAUUCAACCGUUCUAAUCGAGGAUUAAGGAAGGACGAAAUUCAAUCAUGUAGGGCUGGGCCGUAGGCUGCGGAGAUGGAAAAGUGAAGAAUGCUGAAUUUGCCAUGGCAGAUUUGAUUGAGCGGGUUGCU